UGUGAGCGCAUGAAGCGAUGGCUGGCCACAUAUCACAACAGCUCGAGGAUUUAUUAAAUCCUUUGCCCAAGUUCACGGAUCCAGAGGAUGAUCAAGAUGAAGAGACGAAAGCCAAGGUGGUAGAGGCGUUUGAUGAGGGUGGUGGUGAUGAUGAUGAUGUGGUUGCCUUGAGUGGGCUCUGGAAGAAAGCUAUAACUCUGCUGGAAGAGACAGACAAACGCUAUCUGGGCAAGGCAACCUCCCGUAAAGACCUGCUAAAGGAGAUCGCAGGUUCUGGAGAGGAUGAUGACGAGGACAAUGAUGAUGAAAAGGAGGAGGAGGAAGCAGAAUAUGAUAAUGUUGAUGAUGCUGAUCUGGAGGAUGGAGAUGAAGAUGAUGAUGAAGAGAUUGAGAGUGACACCGCUAAGAUGAAAAGCUUGGUGUCUAAGUGGAAGGAGACUGACAUCACACUUCCCUCAGAAACAGGCUUACAUAAGCUAACAGAGGGGAUGGAUCACCUUGGAGAGAGCGAAGAGGAGGAGGAGGAGGAUGAUGAUGAAGAAAGUGGUGAUGAGGAUGGCGAGGAAGAUGAGGAUGAAGAGAGUGUGGAGGAAGAGAUGGAGGAUGAAGCUGACGAUGUGGGAGCUGUGAUGACAUUCUCUAAAGAGAAAGUGGAUGAAGAGGUGGAGAAAGGGAAAGCUGUGAAAGAUCAACUUGCUCUUUGGGACCAGCUACUUGAGGGUCGAAUUAAAAUGCAGAAAGCUCUUCUGACAGCCAAUAAGCUGCCACAACCACAUACCUUCCCAGAGUUCAAGAAGAGGGGUGGAGCAGAGUUUGCUGGAGCGUUGAAGAAGAGUCACAAAGCCCUGAAGGCUCUCCAGAGGUCUCUACUGGAGCUACAGGACCAGCUGCUCCAUCAGAACCCAGACACCAGGCCCAUCUCCCUGGGCAACACCUGGGGCGCACACAGUGAGGAGGAUGAGGAGAUUCACAGUGACGAGGAAGAUGAAAUUAAGGAAGCAGUGGAACCGGCUGUGGAGACAGGUCCUCCCAAACGGAAGCUGGAGAUGGCUGAGUACCCAGACUUCAUGGCCAAGCGCUUCGCUGCCUUCCAGCCGUACCGCGAUGCCACGCUGCAGAAAUGGCACGACAAGACCCAGCUGACCAUGGGGAAGAGCAGCAAGGUCAGGAGGACUUGCAUACAUCACCAACCCCCACCACCCCCCAGCUCUCAUCAUCUAACCAGUCUGCACUGCAGUGGUUUUGGGGCGUUUGACAGAAACAUCCUGACCCAGGUGGAACAGGUGCUGAUGGACAAGGAGAGGCUGCUGAGACGCACCCAGACCAGACGCUCAGAGUACAGAGUCCUUGGCAAGCUAGAGGCCACGGCCCCCCUACCUGAGACCACCACUGCAGAGGGAGAGGGGACAGAGCAGCUGCUGAAAGCUAACACACAUCUGAAAGACCUGGACGAGGAAAUCUUUGAUGAUGAUGAUUUCUAUCACCAGCUUCUGCGGGAGCUUAUUGAACGCAAGACAAGUGCUGCAGACCCCAACGACCAGGUGGCUAUGGGCAGACAAUGGCUAGCCAUUCAGAAGCUCCGCAGUAAGAUAAAAAAGAAAGUGGACACCAAGGCCAGCAAGGGCCGCAAAGUCAGGUUCCACAUCCACAGUAAGUUGGUGAACUUCAUGGCCCCCAUCGACCACAGCUCCAUGAAUGACGACGCACGGACUGAGUUGUAUCGCUCACUAUUCGGGAAGAACUCGUUCGCUUAAGGUGCAGUGCGGGAGUGACAUGCUCUGAGCUAGCAGGAGAGAUGGACAGCACAGCACAGCAGAACAGAAGGCAGAACCCAGGACAUAAACGCAUACCUCUUCCUGUGGUCUGGCCCUGCUCCUCUAAAGACUUAUGAACAGCACCAGUCUAGAUGUUAGUUCAGAAUGGACCUGACUGGUUUGGCUUGAAGAGACUAUUUUCUUCAUUAGGUUUAAAGAUGUGAUUUUGAGACUGUCAGAAAAAAACACAAUUUUGGCAACUUGUUUCUAUUAGCCCCUUUGUAUGUCUGUCACUUUCUGUGAAUAAAUACAAAGGUGAUUUGUCUGCUAACCAAUGGAGGGAAAUUAACCCACCCCAGAGUUGGUUGGUGAUUAAAUGUAUUUUAUUAUA